AUGUCUUCAUAAAAGAGAGAAUCAAAGUCCCCUUUAAAAUCUUUAUUAUCUGUAUUUUAAGGUGGAGGAGGAGGAGCCACAAAAGUCAUUUUACCUCCAAAUACAUAAAUUGUAUUUAAUAAAGAAAAAGGAGUUUAUGAAUAUCCAGGAAAAGAGACAUAUUCAGAAAAAAAACCUGAACCUAAAAUUGAAGAUUAGAUUCCUCCAGGUGAAAUGAAGGAAUAUUUGAAGCCAUAGAAUCCUCACUUAAGAGGAAAGUAAUAGAGAUAACAAAAGGAUCAUGUAAAUAAAUAAGUUCCUCCAGUUGCUAUUCCAUCUUUAAGCAAUAACAAUUAGCCUUAACCUUAAUAAUAAAUUUAAUAAGAGCCAUAAAAAUAAUAAGAAAAAUAAAUUGGAUAAGAGCAAUCACUAGGAUAAAAAGAAUUAACAUAAUAAUAAAUUACUAAUCCUAAUCCAUAAAUUGCAGUCACUUAAUCUAUAUAAAAUUAGGAAUCAAAUUCAUCUGAAAUACCUUAAUAAAAUCAACAUAAUAAAUAAUUAAUAUUGCUUCAAUAAUAAGUUUUGUAAUUAGCAACAGAUAAUUAAGAACUUUAAUCACAAUUAUAAGAAUUGUGUAAAGGUUAUAAUUAACUUGUACUUAAUUAUGAUUCAUGUAAUAAUUUCAUUUAAACUCUACCUAAAGCACUUUUACCUUAAAAUUAUUUAGACAGUUUAGAAUAAAAUUUGAAAUAUUUUAAACUGUUCUAACCUUAAAAUAUCAAUUUAGACAUUUAAUAAUUCAAUUUUAAUCUAUUAAAAAACUAAACUCAUGUUUUCAUUCCUCCUUAAAUAAUAGAUUUUCCUAUUAGCAGUAAUGAAUACUUAACUUAAAUUAUUUAGGAAUAAAAUGAAGAAUUAUCUGAUAUGACUGAACUUCUGGAAUAAUAAUAAUAAGAAAUUUAAAGUAAAGAUCUUUAUGUGUAAUAAUAAUAAUUAUUAAUAAAUGAUUUAUUAAGAAAGUUAGAAGAAUUUGUCAAUUCUACAAAUGCCUUUAAAAAAUAAUUGGAAGGUUAAAGUGAAGAAAAGAAGAACUAUUAAUAACAUAUUAAAUAACUUGAUUUUAACAUAAAGUAAUAAGAUUUAUAAAUAAAAAAUCUUUAAAAAGAGAAAGAAGUUUAUAAAAGACAGGUUUAAAGUCUUUAGAGAGAUAAGGAUAUGUAUAUUAAGUAUAAUGAAGAAUUAAGAAGACAAUAUGAUGAAGAUAUUUAAAUAAUGAAUUCAUAAAUAGAGUAAUCUUAAUUAUUAAUUAAUGACUAAGAAUGCAUUGAGUUAAGAUAAAUUAAGGAUUAAUUGUAAUUUGAUUUUGAAUUAGCCAAAUCUGAAAUUUAAAAUCUUAAAUAAUUAUUACAUGAUAUUAGUUCAGAAAUUCAUUUUGGGUUCAAAUUUUUAGGAUCAAUAGAAAUUAGAUAGAUUGAAACUAAAUUAGAUAUCUAAACAUUAUGUCAUUAAUAUAGAAGAGAAUAUUAAAAAUUAAUACUUUAAAAAGAAUAAAGCCAUCUAUCAAUUCUCUAAGAUUACAAAGCUUAAAUAUUUUAGAUAAAUUUGUAAAAAUCCUCUUUAGAAUCAAUAGUAGCUUAAUAAGAAAAACAAAUUAAUAACUAUAUUAAUGAUGUUUUAUCAUCAAAGAAAGAAAUUUCUCUUAUAUGUUAAGAGUAUGAUUAAAAAAUAGCUGAAAUAAAUGAAUAGAAGUUUAUUGUAUUAAAUGAGUUAAAAUAAUGUGAAGAUUAAUUAUUUUAAAUUAAUUUACAAUUAAUAAAUCAAAAAUAAGAAUUUUAAUCAUAAUUAAGAAAUUAAAUACUUGAAUAAAGUGAAUAAACAACAGAUUUAGAAAAGAGUCUUCAAUAAUCUAAAAUUGAGUGUGAAUUUCUUAAAAAACAAAUUCAUGAUAAAGAAAAGGAAAUAGAAAAAUAUUCUUUAAAUUCAAAAGAAUUACAAGAAUAAAGUAUCAGAUUAGAAUAAGAAAAAAAAACGAUUCAGCAUUCUUUAUAAAAUUCAGAAAAGUUAGUUGAAUUAGAAAAAUAAUAAUUAGAUUAAUUACGAUAUCAGAGUGAAUAGAAAAUGCUUGAAUUAUAGACUUAAAUAGAAUAAUUGACUGAAUAAUUAACUUAAUAAAUGUGUUUAAAUUAGGAAUUGCAAUUAGAUAACUAAAACUUGAAUGAAUAAAUAGAAAAAUAUAUAAAAUUAGGAUAAGAAUAUGAAUUUAUAAAAUUGCAAUAAGAUGAAUAAAAUUAAACAAUUUAAUCAUUAUAAAAUUAAAUUUAUUAAUAUGAAGUGUAAUUAGAAAAAGUAUAAUAUUAAUAUGAUGAAUUAAUAAUUGUCCAUGAGAAUUUCACAAAUGAAAAUAAGAAAUUAUAACAAGAUAUAUAAUGGUCAAAUAAUUAAAUUUCAGAUUUGGAAGAUUAAAUUUAAUAGCUAAAAGAGACUUAAUAAUAAUAUGAAAAUAAGAUAACUGAAUUGAGCGAACAAAUAGAAGAAUAAAGUAAGAAUUAACUUUAAUAAAAUUUAUAACAAUCUUUAGAGGAAGAAUUAAACAGCAAAAUAAAUUUGAUUAAUUAAUAAAGUCUAUAAAUUGAUGAGUUAUCUGAUAAUUUAUAACAGUUAAACAAUAAAACAUCAUUAGAAAUUACUGAAAUGCAGUAAUAGCAUAUAAAGGACAUAAAUGAAAAAAAUGAUAUUAUAUCAUAAUUAGAAAGCUCUUUGCAAAAUUUAUUAAAUUAAAAUCAAUUAAGUAACGAUGAGUUUUUGAAUUUACAAUAAUAAAGCGAAAAUUAAAUAAAAUCAUUAUAGUAAGAAAGUGAGAAUGAAAAUAACUAAUUAAAAUUAGAAAUAAAAUAAUAUUAGGAGAAACAAAUAAUGUUAGAUAAUUAAAUUGAUUAAUUGAAUCAAUAAGUAGAAUUUUAUAGCAAUUAAAAUUAAUAAUUAGCAUAAUAAAUUGAAGAAAUUCAGAAUAAGUAACCUGAAUAAUAAAUUUAAUAAUAAGCAUCUAAUGAAGUUGAUGAAUAAGAAUAUUAGAUUUUAGAAUAAUAUAAUUUGGAUUUAUAAAAGUAGAUUGAAAAAUUAGAUGAAGAAUUACGUAAUAUUGAAUAAGAGAAUGAAGAAUUAAAAAGUUAACACGAAAAAGCUUUAAAUAUAAUAGCAUAAUUAAGAUCAAAGGAACAUGAUGUUAGUUAAUUGAUGUAGUCUCAUAAUCAAUACUAAUCUUUAUAAGAAGAAAACAAUAAUUUAAAAUAAUUGUAUACUUAGAAAUUAAAAUAAAUUGAAUAAUAGAAUAAAUAAAUUUAAGAUUAAGAACAGUAAUUAAAUAAUUAUAUUUAAAAUGAACAAGAAUAUUAGAAAUUAAAGAUUAAGUUCCAAGAAUUAAAUGUAAUUAUUUUAAUUAAUUUUAGAUUGAAAAAAAUCAAUUAUAACAAUAAAUUGAAAAAUAAUAAUAGACAUCUUCAAAGAUAGAGGAUACAAAAGAAUUUAUUGUUGAGCAAAAUUUAAAAUUAUAGAGGAUGGAACAAGAAAUUUCAAGUUUAAAUUCUAAAAUUUUAUAAUUGACAGCCCAAAGAGAUGAGUUUAAAGAAUAGCUAGAAUUCAAAUAAAAAAAUAUUUCUUAAUAAAAACCAAGUGGAUUUGUGGGAAAAUUAGCGGGUUUUUUUGCAACAGAAAGCGAAUUGAAGAAAUUGACACAAGGUUGAUGAAUUCUAUAAAAAAA